GCGGCGGGUGCACUCGGCCUCGCCCGCGGCCCUCCAGCCUCCGGCUCUCGCUCUCUGGCUCUCAGUGCGCUGCCGCCUCUGCUGCCGCCUCCGCCGCCACCGCGCCUCCGUUCGCUGACUUGGAGAUUGCCGAAGAUGGCAGAAGCUCACCAAGCCGUGGCCUUCCAGUUCACGGUCACCCCGGACGGGAUCGACCUGCGGCUGAGCCACGAAGCCCUCAAGCAAAUCUAUCUGUCUGGACUGCAUUCCUGGAAAAAGAAGUUCAUCAGAUUCAAGAAUGGCAUCAUCACUGGUGUGUACCCGGCGAGCCCCUCCAGUUGGCUCAUCGUGGUGGUGGGUGUGAUGUCAACCAUGUAUGCCAAGAUCGACCCCUCGCUGGGGAUAAUUGCAAAAAUCAAUCGGACCCUGGACACGACCAGCUGCAUGUCCAGCCAGACGAAGAAUGUGGUCAGCGGCAUCCUCUUCGGCACGGGCCUGUGGGUGGCCCUCAUUGUCACCAUGCGCUACUCCCUCAAGGUGCUGCUAUCCUACCACGGCUGGAUGUUCGCCCAGCACGGCAAGAUGAGCCGCGCCACCAAGAUCUGGAUGAGUGUGGUCAAGAUCUUUUCGGGCCGAAAACCCAUGUUGUACAGCUUCCAGACAUCACUGCCACGCCUGCCGGUCCCAGCCGUCAAGGACACCGUGAAUAGGUAUCUAGAAUCGGUGAAGCCUCUAAUGAAGGAAUCCGACUUUAAACGGAUGACGGUUCUGGCAGAAGAUUUUGCGGUCAGCCUUGGACCCAAAUUGCAGUGGUAUCUGAAGUUAAAAUCCUGGUGGGCUACUAACUAUGUGAGCGACUGGUGGGAGGAGUACAUCUACCUUCGAGGACGAGGGCCGCUGAUGGUGAACAGCAACUACUAUGCCAUGGACUUGCUGUACAUCCUGCCGACCCAGAUCCAAGCAGCGAGAGCGGGCAAUGCUAUCCACGCCAUCCUGCUCUACAGACGAAGGCUGGACCGGGAGGAGAUCAAGCCGAUUUUUCUGUUGGGAUCCACAGUUCCGCUCUGCUCUGCUCAGUGGGAGCGAAUGUUUAAUACUUCGCGGAUCCCCGGAGAGGAGACGGACACCAUCCAGCACAUACGGGACAGCAAGCACAUCGCCGUGUUCCACAAGGGGCGCUACUUCAAGGUCUGGCUCUACCACGAUGGCAGGCUGUUGACGCCCCGGGAGAUCGAGCAGCAGAUGCAGAGGAUUCUGGACGACCCGUCGGAGCCUCAGCCUGGGGAGGCAAAGCUGGCGGCCCUCACCGCGGGAGAAAGAGUACCCUGGGCCAAGUGUCGCCAGGCCUAUUUUGGGCGUGGGAAAAACAAGCAGUCCCUCGAUGCCGUGGAAAAGGCAGCAUUCUUCGUGACGCUCGAUGAAACAGAGCAAGGGUACAGGAAGGAAGACCCGGAUGCAUCCAUGGACAGCUAUGCCAAGUCUCUCCUACACGGCAGGUGUUUUGACAGGUGGUUCGAUAAGUCUUUCACGUUCAUUGUCUUCAAAAACGGGAAGAUAGGCAUGAACGCUGAGCACUCCUGGGCCGAUGCGCCCAUUGUCGCACACCUGUGGGAGUAUGUCCUGGCCACGGACUCCUUUCAGCUGGGCUACGCAGAGGAUGGGCACUGCAAGGGCGACCCCAACCCGAAUAUUCCAUACCCCACACGGCUGCAAUGGGACAUCCCGGAGGAAUGUCAAGAGGUGAUAGAGACUUCCCUGAACAGCGCCAACAUUCUGGCAAAUGACGUGGAUUUCUACUCUUUCCCGUUCCACACCUUUGGUAAAGGACUGAUCAAGAAGUGCCGGACGAGCCCGGAUGCCUUCGUCCAGCUUGCUCUCCAGCUGGCACAUUACCAGGACAUGGGCAAAUUUUGCCUCACGUACGAGGCCUCCAUGACCCGGCUCUUCCGAGAGGGGAGGACGGAGACCGUGCGUUCCUGUACCACUGAGUCGUGCAACUUUGUGCUCGCCAUGGUGGACCCCACCCAGACGGUUGAGCAGAGGCUCAAGUUGUUCAAGAUCGCAUCCGAGAAGCAUCAGCAUCUGUACCGCCUCGCAAUGACUGGCUCUGGGAUCGACCGCCAUCUCUUCUGUCUUUAUGUGGUGUCCAAAUACCUGGCCGUGGAUUCCCCUUUCCUGAAGGAAGUUUUAUCUGAGCCAUGGAGAUUAUCGACCAGCCAGACUCCUCAGCAGCAGGUGGAGCUGUUUGAUUUGGAGAGGAAUCCGGAAUAUGUGUCCAGCGGAGGGGGCUUCGGGCCAGUCGCCGACGAUGGUUAUGGCGUGUCGUACAUCCUCGUGGGAGAGAACCUCAUCAGUUUCCAUAUAUCUUCCAAAUUCUCCAGCCCUGAGACCGACUCGCAUCGCUUUGGGAAGUACCUGAAACAAGCAAUGACUGACAUCAUCAGCUUGUUUGGGUCCAGCGCCAACUCCAGAAAGUAAUUCCACUAGAGCCGUCAUGAAGGAAAACGAGCUCUUCCAAUGA